AUGUCCUACAAUGAGGAAUAUCCGGUGCUCCAAUACACACUGAACAAGUCUUCACUGCAAUACAUCUGCUACUCAUUGAACCACUUUCACAAUACUUCUUUGAACCCAACAACGACAAUCAUUAUGGCAGUUCUGUCCACUCUACAUAACCAGCUGUACUCUACACUGGUACCCGAUACACUGUCGGCAUACUCGCAAAACCUUCAAUUGACAGCUUCAAUCCCGUCCAUGUUCCUCCCGCAGGACGUUACACUACCCCAUCUCCUUCCCACUGGGAAAAUUCACCACGAGCAUAUUCCACCACCUCUCUCUGCUACCUAUGUACCUGCGCUAGGAUACGACCAUGGUCCAGCACCGACAGACGGGGGUGAGACGACCUGGUACUGCAAAUCUUGCGGAGAUGGCCCUUACCCGCAUUGGCAACCGUCGAACACCGAGGUCACAUCGAACAAGCACUACCUUCCGCACAUGCGUAUCCAAUUCCGAAAACCUACAUACCCAUUGUCUCUCGGUUAUCCAGCAAUAUCGAUAGGUCUAUUUGAUUUCUAG